AUGUCGGGAGAAGUUGAGUACCGGUGCUUCGUCGGCGGCCUUGCCUGGGCCACGCAAGACCAGGAUCUCGAAAGAGAGUUCUCACAGUUCGGCAAAGUUACCGAUUUUAAGAUCAUUAACGAUCGCGAGACCGGACGAUCCAGGGGAUUCGGAUUCGUGACCUUCGAGGACGAGAAGUCCAUGAGGGAUGCGAUUGAGCAGAUGAACGGAAAAGAGCUCGAUGGCCGUAGCAUCACCGUGAACGAGGCUCAGUCUAGAGGAAGCGGCGGUGGAGGAGGCCGUGGUGGCGGUGGAUACGAAAGACGUAGCGGAGGUGGAGGAUAUGGAGGUGGUGGUGGUGGAUACGGAGGUGGCGGCGGCGGUGGAUACGAAAGACGUAGCGGAGGUUAUGGAGGCGGUGGUGGCCGUGGAGGAGGUGGUUACGGUGGUGGUGGUCGCCGUGAAGACGGUGGCUACGGAGGAAAUGGUGGAGGAGGCGGUGGUUACGGAGGAAGCGGUGGUGGUGGCGGCGGCGGCUGGUAA